UUGCAGUUCGAAUUGAAUUCACCGCCGCCAAAGCGGAACGUUCGAACCGUCGACGUUUCAGACGGUACGGUUGUGCGAAAGGACCGCGUGCUCCCCAGCUGAUCCACCCCGACAAAAGACAAUGAGCAAAGACUCGCAAAUGAGGGCUGCAAUAAACCAGAAGCUGAUAGAAAUGGGGGAACGGGAGCGGUUGAAAGAGUUGCUCAGGGCCAAGCUGGUGGAGUGUGGGUGGAAGGAUCAGCUGAAGGCUCACUGCAAAGAUGUGAUCAGAGAAAAGGGCCUGGAGCACGUGACAGUGGAGGACCUGGUCACAGAAGUCACACCGAAAGGCAGAGCACUCGUACCAGACAGUGUGAAGAAAGAGCUCCUGCAGAGAAUCCGAGCUUUUCUGUCUCAACACGCAACUUUGUGAACGGGAUCCCGAUCUGAUGUCUUCACUUCUUUUUUUUCUUUUUUCUUUUUUUUUUAAACUCACUGUAAAUCCACAAUUCAGACUGUUUGUUCUCAUUGUGAGCAUUGAUGAAGUGUUAUUUUUAUUUUGUAUCGUGUGUUUUUCAUAAUGAUUUUAGUUUGUUAUGCCGCAAUUUUGGAAAAAAUAAAAUCCUGCCUAUUUUGGUCA